UGUUGGUCAUACUAUAUACUAGUUUUUCGUCAGCAAUGUUGGCUAACAUUUGAGUACAAUAUCCAUGCGAUCCUUUUUCCGUGAGAUAUAACCCAAAAAAUUCAUCUCGUUUCAUCAACUAAUAUAAGAUUUUAAGUAAGCAAGAAAAGAAAAAUGCCAGCCAAAACAACUUCUGUGAAGAAACGGUUUGUAUCUGAUGGUUUAUUGCGAGCUGAACUCAACGAGUUUCUGACAAGAGAAUUAGCAGAAGAUGGUUAUUCAGGUGUAGACGUUAGAGCUGCUCCUUCUCGUACAGAAAUAGUUAUCUCAGCUACUCGUACUCAAAAUGUUUUGGGAGAUAAAGGACGUCGUAUUCGUGAACUUACAUCACUCAUUCAAAAACGUUUUGAUUUUAAAGACAAGGCAGUUGAAUUAUUUGCUGAAAAAGUAGCACAACGUGGAUUAUGUGCAGUUGCUCAAGCUGAAUCUUUACGUUAUAAAUUAAUUGGAGGAUUAGCAGUUCGAAGAGCGUGCUAUGGAGUUUUGAGAUUUAUCAUGGAAAGUGGGGCUAAAGGAUGUGAAGUGGUUGUAUCUGGUAAAUUAAGAGGUCAGAGAGCCAAAUCAAUGAAGUUUGUUGAUGGUUUAAUGAUUCACAGUGGAGACCCUUGCAAUGACUAUGUUAAUGUUGCUACUAGACACGUUUUGUUAAGACAAGGUGUAUUGGGAAUUAAAGUUAAAAUCAUGUUGCCAUGGGAUCAAUCUGGCAAACUAGGACCUAAGAAGCCAUUGCCAGACAAUGUCAGUGUUGCUGAGCCUAAGGAAGAAAUUCUUCCAUUAGCUCCCACUAGUGAUAUUAAAUCUAAACCAGACACGAUAGCCCCAAUUCCUGUUGUACCAUUGGUUGGAUAAAAUAAAAAAUUUUACUAAUAAAAUUUA